CGUUGUUUAUACGAGAUGCAGGCGGAGGCGGACGCAGAGGCGGAGGUGGAGACGGAAGCUGAGGAAGUGUCUAACAAAUCGGAACGCUACUUCUGCUUCGACUGUCACAGCAUAUUUGAGACUCGGCAGAGCGCAGAGGACCAUAGCUGUCCCCAAGCUGAAGCAAACGGCGAAGCACGCGGCAAAAGCAACAACGCCAAGCUAGCCAAGACACAGACGCCAAUGCGMCGAAAGGUCGCAGCUGCCKCGACUUCCAGCAGCAGCAACAGCAGCGUCACAGUGUGCGACAUUUGCAAUACGAAAUUCAGCUCGGCCAAGUGUCUCAAGUUCCAUAUGCGCAUUCACAACAAACGCGCUCCCAAGUCCAUACAGGACGCUCUGCCCGUGGGCGCACAUCAGCAAUACAGCGAACUGGAUCAGUUCUACUGUGAGAUAUGCAACAAGAGCUUCGAGCAGAACCUGUUGACGGUGCACAAGCAAAUGCACCAGAGCCAGGAGCAGUUCUUGUGCGGCAUUUGCAAUCGCAAAUUUGAAAAUGCUACCAACUAUGAGGUGCAUUUGAAGAUUCACGAACGUGCGCUGAACAGCAACAGCAAUAGCAAYAGCAAUGCCAAUGCCAAUAAAAAGCCUGCCAAUGGAAAGAAGGAUAAACCAGGAUUUGCCUGUCAAUACUGUGAGCGUGUCUUCUCCCGGCCGUACGAGAAGGUGAAGCACGAGCGUGUCCAUACCGGCGAGAAGCCCUACAGYUGCGAGGUGUGCGGCAAGACCUUUCGCGUCUCCUACUCGCUCACGCUGCACCUGCGCACGCACACUAACAUACGGCCCUAUGUGUGCACCACUUGCAAUAAGCGAUUUAAAUCGUAUCAGGUCUAUUCGCAUCAUUUGCGCAUUCACAGCUCGGACCGCCUAUACGCCUGUGAUAGCUGCCCGAAGGCCUUUCGCACCUCGGUGCAGCUCUAUGCCCAUAAGAAUACGCACACGAAGCCGUAUCAGUGCGCCGUCUGCAAUCGGCCCUUUGCCUCGCUGUAUGCCGUCAAGGCGCACAUGUCCACCCACAGGACCAGCGACGCCAAGAGCGUCAGCAGUGCGGCCAUCAAGAGCCAGCAGCUGUCGAACAAAUAUUGGUGCGUUACUUGCGGCGCCGAGUAUGCGCGUCCCUUUGCCCUGCGUCUUCACAUGAAGGCCGCCCAUGGGCAUCCGGAUGAUGCGGACACACGAUUGGCCAAAGUGCCUGCUCCCGAAGAUGAGGACGACGACGAGGACAACGAUGAGGAGAUUGCUGUGCCGGACACCGAGACGGCCGUMCUCAUCGCAGCAGCWAAGGCCGAUUCAGCCUAUYUGGAUGCAGCCGCCAAUGAUGUGGACGUAAUGGGCGCUGUGCCCAAGUACGAAGAGUGCAUUGAGGUAUGCACGGAUGCGUUUGACGUGGAGACAUUUCACAGCGAAGAGAUCAUCACCGACUGGCUAAAGUGAAUGAAAAUAAUAAUAAUAAAUAUAUAUAUACAUAAAUAAUAAAGAA